UCGUUCAGCCCGAGACUAUAUGAUAUUCUCUUCAAGGGGGGCAUUUUUUUCGUUGGAGGCCUUGCUGGCUCGAUGGCUGCAACCCACCACCAUCACAACAACUUGAAAAUACUAAAAGCCGACCUGAACGUUCUUCAUCCGCCUGCAGUUGAAUUUGGGCCAACAGAAGACAAGGUGCAAAUUUCCAAGGACCCACAUGUUAAAGAGGUGUUAAAGUAUGGCAACCCUGGCCCUGUUUUUGACGCGCUUGUGCGAAAGGCAUAUGUUGCUGCAUAUGACCGACGUCUCCGCCAUCCAUCAUGGACCGCACAGCACCUCACUGCUGCUUCGUUGCAACACAAUCCCGGUGUCAACCGUUCCAAGUCACAGUUUACCGAGGACGAGGAGCUACCUAUACCGUUCCGUGCUCGUCUGGCAGACUAUUUCAAGAGCGGAUAUGAUCGUGGUCAUAUGGUUCCUGCGGCUGACGCCAAAUUCUCUCAAGUCAGCUCUUGCUCUAUUCCACCAGCCCAUAACCUCAUAAAAUACCAGGACGCGAUGAAUGAAACGUUUCUGCUCUCGAACAUCGCACCUCAAGUAGGCGAUGGCUUCAAUCGACAUUACUGGGCCUACCUCGAAGACUGGUGCCGUCGUCUGACAUCCAAAUUUUCCGACGUUUAUGUUUUUACUGUGCCUUUAUACCUUCCCCGCCAAGGUGCAGAUAAAAAAUGGCGUAUUACUCACGAAGUUAUCGGUUCUCCACCAAAUGUCUCUGUGCCCACCCAUUUUGCCAAGGUCGUUUUGGCGACCAAGUCGUCGCCAGACUCGGCACCAGAACUGUCGGCUGGUGCCUUCGUUGUUCCCAAUGCAAUUAUACCUGAUAAUGCACCAAUGGAGAGCUUCAUGAUGCCCAUUGAGGCUGUAGAACAUGCAGCCGGUAUUCUUCUCUUCUCAAAAGCAAUCAAGGCCGCUGCUAAGAACAUCUGCACCACGGCAGAAUGCGAGCUUAUUGUGCGCAAGUUCGACGAUAAGAAACGUCAAGAGAAAUGA